UCACUGUACCUCCUUGUGCAACGCGGACAAGGAAGGUCAUGUAGCAGCGCAGAAACAGCUUCCUUACUCUAGAUCCUGUUACCGGCACAUUGGACUGUCUUGCUGUGCGAGUGACUGGCUGAGAUCCACUGGGAGGCCUGAGGAAGGCUUGAGAGGAGAGAAAAGAGUAGAAAGGGAGCUGAAGACUGCUGCAGUAACCACACACAAACAGGGAGAGAGAAAGUCAAUUUACCUGUGAUGUAUCUUUUCAUCUCAGAGUACCGCACUGGAGCUCAGUGACCGAGUGAAUGUCAUAGUGUAUGCCGUUCUUGAUUUCAUUGAUCUUCAGAUAGACAGAGCUUGAUGGAGACUUGAAUAGAGACACCCACACCAUCCAUGGUUUCUAUCUGCAUAUGCUGAAAUUAAAAAGGAUUUCUGUGGGUCUGUGACAAUGAAUACUCCCGUUACUGGUGAUUUUAACAGCCAGGAUGAUGUGGGCGACUUCAUUUAAGCCAGGACCUUUUGCAAUAUAUUAAAAAAAGCUACUGUACUAAUUCUGCAAAAUAUCCUCCUCAAAUGCAUGUAGUAAAGGAUCAUAGGAAGAUCUAUGCUAUAAUGAAUGAUUUCUUUAUUAGGAUACAUAUUUUAGCUGUGCAAAUAAUAACUGAUUUAUAGACCUUCAAUAAUAAGUUGCUGGUUGCUGUUGAAAAGCCUUCUGUUAAUAAUGUGCUAAACUAAGUCUAGCUGUCGAUUCUUGUUAGAGUUAUGAAGAUUCCUCGCUUCUAGAGCUCUCGGUCCCCAGGUGUUCCGUUGGAUUGUCAGUCUGUCUGUCCAGCUAGCUGUCAGCGUGGACAGUAUCAUUAGAGUAGAGACAUGGCCACGGAUUCAUGGCAAGAGGCUGGAAAGACCAGGAAAAGUCACUUCAGAUCCUGUGAGAAAAAAUCCUCAUGGGCUUCCUACAUGACCAACUCUCCCACCGUGAUUGUCAUGAUUGGCCUCCCGGCGCGAGGGAAGACCUACAUGUCGAAGAAGCUCACGCGCUACCUCAACUGGAUCGGAGUGCCCACCAAGGUUUUCAACCUGGGUGCGUAUCGCCGAGAGGCUGUCAAAAUGUACAAGUCCUACGACUUCUUUCGACACGACAAUAAAGAAGCAAUGGAAAUCAGAAAACAGUGUGCCUUGGUAGCUUUAGAAGACGUGCAAGCCUAUUUGACGGAGGAAGGGGGGCAGAUCGCUGUAUUUGAUGCCACAAACACAACCAGGGAAAGAAGAGAUCUAAUCCUUAGUUUCGCAAAGGAGAACUCGUACAAGGUCUUCUUCGUGGAGUCUGUGUGCGACGAUCCUGAUGUCAUUGCUGCUAAUAUAUUGGAAGUGAAGGUGUCCAGCCCGGACUAUCCUGAAAGACACAGGGAGCGGGUCAUGGACGACUUCCUGAAGAGAAUCGCGUGCUAUGAGGUUACAUACCAGCCCCUGGAUCCAGAUCACGUCGACAAAGACUUGUCCUUCAUUAAAGUGAUCAACGUGGGCCGGCGCUUCCUCGUGAACAGAGUCCAGGAUUACAUCCAGAGCAGGAUCGUCUACUAUCUCAUGAACAUCCACGUGCACCCACGCACCAUCUACCUGUGCCGCCACGGAGAGAGCCAGCACAACGUCCUGGGCAAGAUCGGGGGUGACUCGGAGCUGUCAGCGCGCGGCAAGCAGUUCGCUCAUGCCCUGCGGGAUUUCAUCAAGCAGCAGAAGCUGGCAGAUCUGAAGGUGUGGACGAGCCAGCUGCGGAGGACGAUCCAGACCGCCGAGGAGCUGGGCUCCCCGUACGAGCAGUGGAAGAUCCUGAACGAGAUCGAUGCGGGGGUGUGUGAAGAGAUGACGUACGAGAUGAUCCAGGAUUCUUUCCCCGAGGAAUUCGCCCUGCGAGACCAGGACAAAUAUCACUACCGCUACCCAGGAGGAGAGUCCUACCAGGACAUGGUGCAGCGUCUGGAGCCCGUGAUCAUGGAGCUGGAGAGGCAGGGGAAUGUGCUGGUCAUCUCACACCAGGCCGUCAUGCGCUGUCUGCUCGCCUAUUUCCUGGACAAGAGCGCAGAUGAACUUCCUUACCUGAAGUGCCCACUGCAUACUGUCCUCAAACUGACCCCUGUUGCUUAUGGCUGCAAAGUGGAAACGUUUUACUUGAACAUCGAAGCAGUGAACACUCACAGAGACAGACCUCCUGAUAAAAGCGGAAAGGAUCCAGCCCCGACCCUGCAGCGGCGGAAUAGUUUCACCCCUCUGGCUAGUCACGACCAGGUCAAGCGGCCACGGCUCUACAGCGCUGGCAACCGGCCACGCCUGCCCCUGACCACGACACUGGGGGCGCUGCACUUCCCUGAGCCGCAGCAGGGGGCGCUGCGUCAGCAAACCCAACAUCGUUUGGGGAAUGCCUGCAUGGGUCGUUCCAGCCUGGCUGCCUGUGAGUCUCUAGUCGCUGUCUCUGCUUCUGAGUAGAGCCUGAAGGACACCCUUGCAUUGCUCCCACCUGCUUGUAACGUCUGUUCAUACGUCUGCUCUUGACGGCUUCAGCGGCAAACAUACCUAUUUUUUGUAAUAAAUCCAGUAAGCAAUGUGGAAGGAGGCUAUCAGUGCAAGCAUGUGCUGCUGUUGUAAAUAAGUAGCUUUGAUAAUAUAGCAGGCUUGCAGCUGAAGUUGUAUGUAUGUCAAGUUGUUAAACACAGCCAAACUUCGGCUUCUAGUACAAUAACGGUCCCCCAGUACAUCUGAAUGAGUUUUUCUCGUUUUCAAAAAAGUAAAAAUGCAUGAAGGGCUUGCACUGAUGGUUUCAAAUGUUAAGCUCUGGUAUGAGAUCAGACUACCUAGAAAUUAUAUAUAUAUCCUUUUACUUUAAAUUAUAGCUGUAUGUUUAGUUAUUAAUCCAUUGCAGAAAUCUGGGGAAAAGAUGCUGGGAUGUUUUUUUUUUUUUUUUUUUUAAUUCCUGUGAUUUGUAUUUAUUCACUUUUAUCAGAGACUGCCGAUUUAGUUCUGUGUCAAUCUUACUGUUAUAAUGACAGUGGCAGACUGAUCAUGCCUUCCUGAUGAGACACACAGCAACAUGGACUUUGCACUGCACCUCUAUUUGUAUGUCUGUAGUAAGCGCUGCCUUUGUUUUCUUUUGUGAUUGUUGAGAGACCAUGGCCAUUGGCAGCCCGUUACAGAAUGCCAUUGUGUGAGUGGAAUCUAUACUUUUGUAGAUCUUGUUUUAAAGAAUGUACGUUUCGCAAUAGUAACUGUGCAGAAAAGUCCUGUUUUGUGUGUAAUGGUUAAGCCUCAGUUGUAACUGUACUGUUCUUAAAGAUCCUCGUUUCUUAAAGGGAAUGUCGAUUUGUCUGUAAAGGGAGAAAUAGAUCAAGAACAUCCCGGACACGUUACACUAAUUUGGCUACUGGGUUUCACUCCAUACCAGUAAAAGCUGAAGAGAUUUUCUUCUGUAAAAAAAAAAAAGGUUUCUUUGAACAGAAAUGAAGAUUUGGGGUUUGUUUUGACACGAGCAGUGCAGUGGUCUCCUAAUUCAAGUUGACUGUGACAGCCCCAGCUGUUUAAACACUGGCAUUCAGUGUAAAACUGCACUUCACAGGGUUUUCAGAGAACACAGUGGCAACUUGAUUUGAACUAUAGUGUAACUAUGUUAAGAUGGUUAAAUAGCAUGUCCUUAACUUUCUGAAUUUGAAUCAUUUGCUUGCCUUACAAAGUAGUCAAUAUAUACAGUAUGUAUGUAUAAAUAUUUGUGAGUUAUCUAGAUUAGGUAUAAAGCGUACUGCGUACCUGUACUGUAACAAUCAAUAACAAAUUACAACUAACUCAGAACCUACUGAUUAACUCAGUCGCCUUACCGUCAAUGUAUUCUAGCUGAAUGUAUAUACAGCACAGUACUGUACACCAUUGACCUGGCAAGCCAGUAUAUUAAAUGCAUUACAGAGGCAUAUCUGUUGAGGGUGCAUUCAAACACCAUUAGGUGGUAUUUGGUUAAGACUACAGAAUGUUUUUUUUGUUUGUAUCUGCAGAUUUUCUUGUUUACUGUCAUGCAAACACCUCCGAGCCCAAGCAAUGGUAUCAUGACUUCUGCUUUCUAUAGCUGAAGUUGCCUUUAUUUGAAUUGUGUGCAAGGGCGUGCUGGCCUUGCCCAUCAGGGGACAACUAAUCUCUGUGCUGUCUCAUUGCUCUGAACACUACAUUCACUUGGAUGGAUUGCACUGAAACACAGGAUUUUUUUAGUUUUUUGUUUGGCACUCCCAUAUGAAAAACACUUUAGCGUACUAAAUUCUUUGGACAACUCGAUGAUAGUACCUAACUCAGCAACUCUCCCCAUGUGUGCUCAGCCAUGGUAAUGCCCACUGAUCUAUUAAUGGUACCAGGGGGGUGAUUUGUUGUAACAGUCUGCAGUUGCGCAUGUCUCCCUCUGCUCCGUUGUGAAGGCGUAUGCAGGUUUUCAAAUCAAUGAGUCACUCGUGAAAUUUGAGUAUCACAGGCAGAAAUACCCUAACAUCCAUACAUGGUUUAUAUACUUUUUUUUUGGUUAUUUGCCAAACACUACUCUUUAAAAGAGAAGUAUAACCUGGGUAUGAGAAAUGAAAUUCAUGCUAGGGAAGAUUUAUAAUUGUUUAGGUUUCUGUGAAUACAAUCAUUAUCUAGUCAAAAUGGCUGAUUAGUUUAAUAUUUUAAAAUAAUAUUCAUAAUCCUUGCUUUUAACUGAACUAACAAUGCAAAACUUUGUGAUACAGCUAGUUUUGCAUAGGCAUUUAAAUAGAUGUAUUUUUAGGACAUACAUUAAAAUAAGAAAUAUGCUACCGCCCUAGCUUUUAAAAAGUGUAAUUUGUGGCACUAAACAUUGUGACUUAAUUUAGGCGAGUUCUUAAUAUUUAAUAGUUAGAUUAUGUAUUUCUGUGUCUGAUAUAUUCAAUGUUAUUUAUUGGCAAACUGCAGUGUGUAAUCAGGACUGGAUUACAUUUUCAUUUUAAAAAGCUGUGGAAACGCACAAUAUUUCUGAGCUUGCGCUACUGCUGAUUGUAUAAAAAAUCUGAUGUCUUUUGUUUGAUAACAUUCUUCUGUAUGUUGCAAAUCAUGAUGUUAGAGUAAUUCAGCAAUGAGAUUGCACAAUCAAUAAAAAAAAAAAG